GAAGACGCGCGAGAAGACGACGACGAGGAAGACGAUGCGGGUCGCAAAUAAUGAGGCACUCGGUGUGGAGCACCAGCAGACCAUGACCGCAAUGGCGACCCGCGAUUCGGCCUCACGCUGCCCGCGCUGUGGCGGUCUGGCUCUGCGGCGGAAGAGGGCUCGGAAAAGGGUAGCGCCGGACAUGGACGCAGGAACUGUCAGCGAGCGAACACAUGGAGACAACAGCGCAGGCCAAAUUUUGGGCGAAGCCAAUUUGCACAAGGCGCGCUUGUCUUGUUCGAUUCCAGGCAGACACGACGCAGGAGGUGCGAGCCCGGCAGAGGCCGUCGGCCCUACAAGUGCGAGUGUUCACAUUGUUAACAGGAGGCCGUGAUCAUGUUCCGGAGAAUCACACGUCCACUGUUGCCCUGUACACAAGCUCAGCCUGGACACAUUUAAAAGCCGGACGUGUGCAUUAUUCUAAUAAUAUCUGGCACUUGAUUCCAGUCCGAUCUGUCUGCAAGUGAUUCUUGUAAAUUGCUCACCGCUGGGUUUUGUUGUCGACGGAAAUCGGCGAUGGAGGUGUUUUUACCUCUUACUGGACAGACGAAGGAAGGAAGGAAAGGAAGGAAGAGAGAGGGCGAAUCGGGCGAGAAGUCAGACUAGUUAGCGCGAGGCUUUUAAGAAGGGAAUCACAAGAAUAGACUGUCUCAGAUCUAGAGAGAGUGAUUGUUGUCAAGAAAUGGUGCAUAGGACAGGGACAGCGACAUUGGGAUUCCCGGUGCUCGAGGGGCAAAUCGAAGGCGGUUGAAAGAUAGAGGCUAAGUGAUGUAGCAGGAUAGAGAACGAGGAGGAAGAGAAUAUAGCUCACUUCACUGGCGUCGGAAGCAAGAGAUGGAAAACGCGACCAAAAGUUAGCCCAUAGUCCAGUCUCUGACAAUGUAUCACCUCAUACGAGGCAGAGGCUGCAGAUCCGAUGCCCCAUUUACCGUGCCGGAAUCAUUUCAAUCUAGAUCUGGAACGAGGCCUCCUUAAUUCCCUUGGACCAAGCGUUCUUGCUCUGUCGUGCCGAAAAUAAGAACAAGUGAUUUUUUCCUUCCAUACCGAGAUGAGCCUGUUAGCACGAGGAACUAGGUCGAUCCAGCGCUUUACGUAGCAUCGUUUCUCGGAGUUUGAUGCGCCGACUCGGACGUGCUAGACCCUGACUUGAUGAAUCGCUCGUCCAUUUUAGCGCCUCUUCGGUGAGUUGAGAAUUUCUCUGAUUCGUACAUGUCUCAGUCGAGGGUGCAGGAAACGCGACUGUCUGGCAGGGGUUCAAUCGAUGUCGUCCUUCAACGCAGUUUAAAACUCCUCAGCAAACAUCCAAGUCUUCAAAAUCUUCUCGUAGAACAGAAUUUCUCGGGAGAGGGGAGGUCGGGCACAGCAGAUGAACGGGACGGCGUUAUGGAAAACGCCGGCUGUCAUACCUCGAGACAGCACCCACUGAACUCUGAUAUCAUCAGGUAUCUGCUCUUCAGAUUGCGCAGACAGGCGAGCAAGAAGGAAUGCGAGCUCGAGGCCACAGAGCCGCCGGACGCAGGCGCGCACAAUGCGCUGGGCUGGGACAAGCUGUACGCGGGGCUGAAGCAGGAGCUGCAGCGCGCGGCGUGCAUCGAUCUGCGCCCGGCCACCAAGAGCUCGUGGCUGCGCGUGAGCCAGUUCCUGGACGAUGAGGACGCGCUGCUGCUGGCCCGGGCCUUCUCGGAGCUGGACAUGAGCUCGCUGGCGCUACUCGACCUCUCGCGCAACCGCGUGGGCGAGCGCGGCGCGCUGGCUCUGGCCGAGGCGCUCAUGGACAUGCCGUCGCUCACGCACCUCGACCUCUCGCGCAACCGCCUCGGCGCCCGCAGCGUGGUGGCCAUCGCCGCCGUGCUCGAGCGCGGCAGCUUCCAGGCGCUCACAUGGCUCGACCUCUCGCAGGAGGAUUGCGCCGUCACCGUCGGGGAGCGCAAGCGCGAGGGUGAGGGUGAGGGUGAGGGUGAGGGCGAGGGCGAGGGCGAGUUGAGCUACGCGUUGGCGCGGGCGCUAAAGUCGACGCACCUGGCUCGGCUGGCGCAUCUGGGGCUGCCGCCGUGCGACAUGGACGCGGUGGUGAACGCGCUGUGGGAAGGGCGGUUCCGGAACCUGAGCUACCUGCAGCUGUCGGGGCUGCAGGACGAGGAUGCGCCGCUCGAGAGCCUGCGCAUGGGCUGCAAGGACGAGCUUUUCUCCGUGGUCAUGCUGCUGCCGCUGCGCCACAUCCAUCUGCGCCGUUGCGGGCUCACCUGGGACGUGAUGGAGGAGUUCGUUCGCGCCGUGGUGUCCGGGGAGCGCAGCGCCGACCGCCUCGAGCACCUGGACUUGUCCGAGAACAGCCUGGGCGUGCGCGGCGUCAUCGCGCUGGGGCGGAUCAUCAAAGAGGGCUACCUGUUGAGCCUGCGGCAUCUAAUUCUAGGCCUGUGCGGCAUCGAGGAGAUUUAUCAAAUUCGGGCUCUGGAGGAGGGCAUUCUGUCGGGGCAGCUGCCGGCGUUGACGACGCUCGAUCUGUCCUCCAAUAAGCUGAGCUUCUUCGGGACGUUUGCGCUGGUGAAGAUGAUCGAGGCCGGGCACCUGGCCCAGCUCGAGCGCCUCGACCUCAGCAACUGCAACAUGAAAAUGGCCGCGGGCUUGCAAGGUCUGCGGCCCGGAAAACCCUUCAGGCUUCCGUACCUGGACUCCGACGAGAGGGACAUCCUGGACUUCGUGGCGGCGUUCACGACGGGCAAUCUCGCGCGCCUCAAGCGCCUGGACCUGUCCUUCAACAAGCUGAGCACGCAGGGCUGCGUGGCUCUCGCGAAAAUGAUUCAGGCCGGGCAUCUGCCCAAUUUGCAGCACCUGCAUUUGUGCGCCUGUGGAAUCAAGGACGAAGGAGUUGUGGAUCUGGUGGCGGCCAUGGAGGCCGGUAAGCUGUCAAAAUUGGAGUACCUCGACCUAGGCUUCAACAAAUUCGACCACCGCGGAGUAGGGGCUAUGGCAAGGGCGCUGAAAGAAGGUCUGAUGCCCGAGCUGAGAUUUUUGAAUCUGUACCUUUUUAGGCUUAACAGCGUCCCUCUUAUUCGGGAAAACGUCGCGUCUUUAUAUGAGCAGAUCUAUGGGGCCAGAGGGAAUGAGGAAACAUGCCGAAUCGCCUGUAGAGAAAGGGAUCGGCUGGUUAGGACCUCGUUCUCCUUUGCCAAAAAUAAAAAGCAAGCUUUGUUGGCCGAACGGGAAAGAUGGAUCAAGCAGAUGGCCACAACUUUCGCCGACGCCUACUCCUAUAACCCGGACCUCAAGGCCACGGUUGUGGGAUUGGGAACCAUCCCUGUCCAGUCCCAUAAGCGCAAGGAUGCUAGCGUGCAGGUACCAGUCCACGUUCAUGAAGACGACUCAUCGCUUACCAGCCGGACCGUCGCGCUCACGAUCGUUGUCUUGUUGGGCAUUUUCUGGUACAUGGUGUAGAGUGGUGAAGCACGUUGCUAUACACACACAAAUACAAGAAGGUCCACAACGCAACACACAGAGUCGUGCUGCCUGUGGCAAAGAUUGUCUUCCACGAGUAUUAUAUCCAAAAGAGUGGAGUACUACUACCAUCAUUUCCAUCAUCAUCCAUUCCUUCCAGUUGGUAAGUUUGGUGCUAGCAACCCUGAAGCAAGCUGCUUCCAUAUAUUUGUGUGAGUACAGGAGCAUUUCCAGAAGCCCUUUGUACAGAGACUCAGACGUCUCUAUACAUUCCAAUUGUCCGAGAGACCCGAGUGUUCCUGCGUUCGUCUGUUUCAGCCAAAUGCGUCAUAUUACCAAGAGAAGGACCAUAUGGAAAGCACAGCAUGACUUACCGGAAAAUGCAAAUAGAUCCUUGCGAAGAGGACUACUGGCCUCGAACUCACAGCCAGCCAACCAGUGGGCGCAAAUGUUGUUUUCAAGUAGAAUAUCAUGACGGAGGACAUACCACGGUUGAAAAGUCUUCCUCUCAUUGCAGAGGUACUGUUUUCGUAGGCAGGAAUUGAGAUACUGAAAUUGAUUGCUUAUUAAGCAAUUCCUGGCUGGAUUCUGGACGUACCAGCUAGUUUGUACAUCAUAGUCUAACAUAAGCCUAUCCAUCCUAGAUUCCAAAAGAAGGAGACGAACAAAGAGGAUUGCCUACCUGGCAUUGUGUCUUUCAUCAAUUUUUACAUGAUCCAGUCCGGUAAUACAUUUGUCCCCACCAGCUCUCUACGCCUCUAUCGAGAAGCCUCAGUUGAAUGGGGCCUCUCGAGAAGAAGUGCGGUUGACACUUCUUUUUUACUACGGGAUGCCGCGCAUGACAUCUUAAUACAUAAUGGGCAACAGCGUCUUUCUCGAUCUGGGAAUUACAGUUCCG